UACCCAAAACCUAAUGGUUCCUACCCGAAACCGAAUCGAAUACCCGAAUGCCCAUGAUUAAGUAUAACUUUACGGAGGUAAUCUUUCGCAUCGUUAUCAUAUAAGCGUAUUUUGUUUAACUUUUUUUUGGUAACCGUGGGGAUCCUCAAUGUUUUAUAGGCCCAAAGACUAAUCCUACGAAGCCAUAGAAAUUCAGGUAUAUUGUUAAACUUUGUUACUCUUGUUAUGAUUAGCUUAAUGAAACAGUACUAUUUUAAGUAUUUCUGGAUGGCAUUGACAUUGGUAGUUUGAGUUUAGAACAACGCACAAAUAUUGACGCGGUGACUUGGGUUAGGGCGAGUCGUGCCCUUUGUCUGUAAAAAAUGACACUUUAACCGUUGAUUUACCCACCUGAUGUAGUGGAAGCUUCUAAGUUUUGUAAAUACUCUUUACAGUGCUUAAUCAAAAGUUUUUAAGGUUGAGAAUACUCUUCUCAGUGGUUUAUAAAAACCUCUUUAGAGUUUGAAAAAUACUCUUCUCCGUGCUAUAAACUCGUAUAAAAUCUCUUUCUUAUUAUAUCAUCAUAAAACUUAAUACAAUCUUUAUGUUUGAUUGCUAUUUAUAAUAAAUCACUAAUCUUAGAAAAUCCUAAUCUAAGGGGACCUUAUUGAAUUGAUAAUUUGUUAGAAUUUGGAGAUAUGCCUAAGAUAAUAUAGGAAAACCAUUACAACCUUAAAAUAAUAAAAGUAAUUAUCCUAUUAAUAAAUAAUAAUAAUAUUUGGAAUAUAUCCAAAUAUUCGUUAUUUUUGGUUGGUUUAGAAAAUGUUAAAUGUCGAAUGUUGAGAAGGUAGAAGUAGAACAAUGUCCUUAUUCCAUUGUAACCACUUCGUAAAUGGUUAACAAUUGUUUUUUUUCUUUUCUUGGUCUUCUACCUUCUUGUUGAUACUUGAUAUCAUAUAUGAUGUCAUAAUCUUCCUUUUACUUCGAGUUUUCUCUAAAAUGACAAAAUAGUUUGAUCAUAUGGUAUUAACUGGGGUAUUUACUCGCUAACUCCAACUCGACCAAUGUUGUAGUGAAACAAAAAAACAAAAAGAGAAGAAAGAUACAACUUGAGUAAAAAGAGUUAUUCGUUGCGCCUUUUUCAGCUAGACAUUUUCUUUCUAUAUAUCUUAAUUUUUGUUUGUUAAAAGUUUAUCUAAUGACAAAUCAUGGUCCUAGAUUCAUGCGUAAAUAUGAAGAAAGAAUGUAUAUUAAUUCAUAUCCAAGAAAGCAUAUGAUAGCUAGCAUUUGCUAAAGGAGAAACAUAUUUAUAAGUUUAGCAUGUAUUCUUUUCUUGUUAUUUUAUUAUGAUCAAGAAUCUUUUAUUUUGUUGAAUGAUAUAAAUACAUCGAUUAAUGUGCUUAAUAUCAUCACAAACGUUUAUCACCAUGAAUAGAAUAAAGCUACCAACUCACAAACACCCUUUAUACCCAACACCUUGGGUUCGCAGUUGCAAUGGUUGCUAUCGAGAAAAUGGUUGCACCAAAGAUGGCUAUCGUUGCUACGAAUGUAAAAUAUUUUUUCACAAGAAAUGUGCAGAGUCAUCUUUAGAGAUCAACCAUCCGUCUCAUUCUGAACACCCUCUCCACCUCUCCAUCCCGGAAAAGUUUUCUGAGAGUAAAAACUGUAAGUUGUGUGGAGAAACAUUGAUUUAUAUGUUUUAUCACUGUCCUUUAUGUAAAUUCGUUGUUGAUACGUCAUGUAUAAAAAAUCCACCACCAGAUGUAAUUGACCAUCCCAAAGCCCAUGAACACUCUCUUGUCCACCUGAAACACUAUUAUCAUGGCACAUGUGACUUUUGUGAAAAGAAAUAUUGUAGUAGAUAUCUUUACAAAUGUUUCCAAUGUCAACUGAAAUUCCACUUUGAAUGUUCCAACCUUCCUCUAGAGAUAACUUAUCCCUUUCACCCUAAACACCCUCUUAAGUUCCUUACACGCGAAGAACAUCAUUUCUCUGAUGGAAAAUGUCGUAUAUGUGGAAACGAAUUAGGACGGAGAUUUUAUAACUGUUCAAUCUGUAAAUUUAGUGUGGAUGUUGCUUGUGUAAAGAAUCCUCCACCGCUUACAAUCCUAUUUUCUAAGGCUCAUGACCAUCAAAUCAGUCUUAUGCCAAGGAUUAUCUCUUUCAACUGUGAUGCUUGUGGGUUGUCUGGUGAUCGAAGUCCUUAUUCAUGUCAACAAUGUGAUUUCAUGAUCCAUCAAAGUUGUAUUGACUUACCAGAGAUCAUCAACGUUAAUCGUCACGAGCAUCGUCUUUCUAGGCGUCUUCAGCUAAGUCCUGGGAGUUGGAUAUGUGGAUUUUGUCACAAGAAAGUUGAUUGGUCAUAUGGGGCAUAUUCUUGCUCGAUUUGUCCUAAUUAUGCCAUUCAUUCUAACUGUGCAAUACGAGAUGAUGUCUGGGACAAGUUAGAACUCAAAGGGAUAUCAGAAGAACUUCAAGAAAUCAAACCAUUUAGGGUGAUAGAUGAAAACCUAAUACACCAUUUUAGUCAUGAGGAACAUUAUCUACAACUCAACGAGGAAAACAUCACAUGCAGUGGAAACAUUCGUUGUGAAGCUUGUGUCUCACCUAUAAAUUAUCAAGCAUUCUACAGCUGUGUGCAAUGCGAUUUUCUUCUCCACGAAACAUGCGCUAAUCUUCCUAGGAAGAAACGGCAUAUGUAUCAUGAUAAGCCAUUAGCUUUAAUGGUUGGUGACAUGAUGGAGUUUGAUUGUUCGGCAUGUUCUCAGUAUUCCAGUGGUUUCAGGUAUAAUAAUAAAAGUUUCAAUAUAGAUGUAAAGUGUAGUACACUUUCUGAAUCUAUCUUCCAUGAGAGUCAUGGAUGUACCUUGUACUACAUUUACGGGAACAACAAGGAAUGCAUUGCUUGCGGGAACAGGAGUUAUUGUACAUUUUACUGCGAUGACUGUAAAUUUGGGCUAGAUCCCAAGUGUGUUGUUUUGCCGAAAACAACGAAACAUUGGUAUGACGACCAUCCACUCUCUUUAUGUUACAGAGUCAAUACAAAAGGAGAGUAUUGGUGUGAUAUAUGCGAGGAAAGUGUAGAAAAAUAUUGGUUCUACAAAUGUGACGAUUGUUGUGUUGCUUUUCAUACCAAGUGUGUUCUCGGCGAUUUAUCACAUCUCAUGCCUGGACGACGCAUAAUCACAUACCAUGAUGAACUGAGAAUUGAAGUGAUGCAAACCAGUCCUCGGUUCUUACCACGUUGCUAUUAUUGUCGCUCUCGACGUGCGGUUCCCUUUGUUCUAAAACUUUUUUAUCCAAACCAAACUGUAUUUGCUUGUUCUUCGGAUUGUCUUCUCUUCACUCACCAAGUAUGCAAAUUCCUGUAUUAAAAUGAAAAUUUGUAAUAACAAGAAAAGACAUGGUGAAAGACCCAAACGAAUGUAAACUUCAUUUAUACUUACUUUUAAUUUGUUUAUAGAUGAUAAAAACUUGGGCAAUUGUUAAUAAUAGCACCUUUUGAGUUUUUGUCUCAAAAAUGGCACUAUAAGGAGAAAGUCAUAAAAAUGACAUUCAUUAAAGUGUAAAAUAUCCCUAAUACCCUUGGUUUAAAAUUAAAUAAACAAACAAAAAUAAAUAAAAACAAAUAAAAUAAAAAUAAAA